UGUCACCUGCCCAACAAUUGACCUGAGUCUGGCAGACACAGCUAUUUGUGGGGCUCUGGGGCCCACAGUCAGCUCAGCAAGAAUGGGAACAUAGAUGUAUGUGCAGUGCCAAGCCUAGGGUCAUGGCCUUGAGCACAGAGAGAACAGGGCACCCAAGGGCACAGGGUGCUGCUCUCUGCCCUGGGAGCAGAGAGUGAAGGGCUCCAGGUAGAUACCAUGGCUGGCUGGACACCCAACAGAUGGUCCUCACUUCCUUAUUCUUCUUUGUCUCCAUUUGGCUUUCAUUUUUUAGCUCUUUCUUUUUAAUUGUGCAGUAAAGUAGCUCUCUCAGAAGAAGACUCUAGGGGUUCAGAUGUUUCAUGGGGGGAUCCUGCAUCUAGGACUCUGGCAAAAAGACAGAGGCUCCUGGUCAGCCCUGUACCCACAGGAGGGUGUGGAGGGGCAGAAAGGUGUGCCCUGCGUCUCAGGUCACUUGUCUGCUGGAUGAACUCUAGCUAGGGUGGGGAGUACCAGUGCCCCGGCCAAUCUGGUCAACCAGAGGUGAGUAUCCAUGGCAGGGCUAGGCAGGGCUGGGGACUCGUGAUAACUUGUGCAUGCUAAUCAGAGGCAGACUAGCAGGUCAGUAAACAGGAAGGUUGCCUUGAGGGUAGGUGGGAAGGGACAAAGUCCUGGAGGACACAAGGCCGAAAGCCCAAGUCAGGUUGGGCCAUGGUUGGAUUUUGUGGAGCACCAGUCUGGGCACUCUUCUCCAGAUGGCUGUUGGAGAGGUGAGGUGGCCUCCACACACCUCCUAACUUGCUUCUGGGCAUCAUCUAAGAGUGCAGAUUGGAGUGAGAACUGCACCAAGCCCCAGGACACACACCUACAGGUCCCCUGGGGUGGCAGGACAGCCCCAAACCGUCACCAUGCCUGCAGAAACAUUAUUCAAGUCCCAGGUAGCACUGUUGGAAGCUGCUGUGACCCUUUUCUCCCUAAAGUGGGGCUGAGCCCAGGUGCUUGGAGGAAGACCAGGGCAGGAGGACAUUAGUUUCACUCCUUACAUCCUUUCCUCCCUAUGGUGUUCUUUGCCAGUAAUCCUUUCUCUGUUCAGCCUGGAAACCUGCUUUCCUUACGAGUUCUUGCAUCAUAUACAACCUACACUGACUCCACCUGCUUCCUCCUAUUCCCCUAGCCUAGGUCCAUUGAAUUCUUAGGCCAUAGUCUUGGAUGACUGCUGGAUAGGGUACCAGGCAGGCUGGGGCAUGGGCUGAGUUACGGCCCCCAAAUUCAGGCUGAAGUCCCAACAUCCAGGCCUCAAGAGUGUGACAGCAUUUGGAAACAAGGACUUUUGGCAAGAGACGAAGGUGAAAGGGGUCAUGAGACAACCUUAAAUCAUCACUACAGGGUCCUUUUGUUAUGAGAAAAUUGAGUCAAAAGUAGCAAGGAGCUCAGAAGGAAAUUUUAUGAAUUCCAGAGGACCGCAGAAGAGUAAUCUUCAAAGUCUGAUGCACUGAUUAUAGAGGGUUUUUCUUUUUAUAGGGUAGCAAACAGAAGUAACAAAACUAGGUAAGCUUUUAGCUGAAGGUUAUGGUCUAAUGGGUAUCUAUCUUGUGGUGAACAGAACUGCGUGUAGUAAAGUUUUUAGCACAUUUAGAGAAGUCUUACUUUGAUAACAAAUCGUGAUUUAGCCAAGUUUAGUAGCAGAGAACAGAGUGGCUACAAUUAGGUCAGGACUUGUGCUUGGCUUUCAGAGAGUGAUCAGGACUUGGCCCCAGGGACACACAGAGAGCACAGUAUCCACUGCGCACUCCGGAAGGGCUUUGACAGAGCCAACCCUGCUGUGCCUAGACCUCAGCUUCAGCCUCGAGGGCUGGGCCGCUGGCUGUGGUCCUGCACACUGUUCCCACCCCAGCUCCAGUCUUGCUCUGGAAAGCCCCCUGUUGUGCCAGUUCUGACCCACGCCCACCAUCUUGGAACCUCGUAACCCUGCUUCUGGAAGGAAAGAAGAAAACCUGAAUUUUCCAGGAAGAGACAAGCAGGAGCACCGGGCCUGGGCUGGACCCCUCAUUCCAUCCCUUUUCUAGUGGAGAAAACGAAAAGCGCCGAAUGAAAAAGGGACAGGCAAGUCACCAACCUGGCCUGCAGGGAAGGCUGUGCUGGCCAGCUAAACUUUGACCUCUGACCGCAAUGAUGUCACAGCAGGUCCCUGGCAACACUGGGCUGCUUCCCUGGAGAAGAGGGCACAGCCAGGUUGCCAGCUAUGGCCUCGGAUUGAGGCAGCCCUCUGUUAUGAUGGAGAAGGACCCUGCCACACACAGGAGGCACCGGCCUGGCCCUGGGGCCCUGCCCUCAGGCACGGCCCCUGGGCUCAUCAAAUCAGCCAGCGAGGGACCCGAACUCCAGAGGAGCAGGAGUGUAGGUGGCCUGCUGCAGAAGGGGGAUCCCCCGAGCCGCCCCAGGAGGCCACGCAGGGAGCUGGAGUCUGAAGACCAGGGCCAUGACCCAAGGAGUGACACAGACGUCGCCAAUGGUCAGGCAGACCAAGAGGAAGACAGGAAGGAGAAGAAUCAGGAUGCCCAGGGAACCCUGGACCCUAACAGUGAGAAACUGGAGCCAGAGACUGAGAGGAGGGAUGCAGAGGCCAGCACCAAAGAGGAGAAGGAAGGUGCAAGCUCAUGCUCCAGGGAGGUCAAGGAGGAGCAGGAGCUGGAGCCUGUGAAGUUGGUCAGCCUUUUGGAAAAAGAGAAAACAUCUGCAUUUGUGGAGAUUGACCUGGGAGAUCACACUGAGGAGGUGAUCGCCUGUGCCAUGAGAGAGGAUAUGCAGGCCUACAUGGAUGCAGGGGACCUGUCAGAAGAUGAGAUAAAGACCAGCUGGGUGUGCUGCAUCCCAUACACCACCAGGAGGAAGGCCAAGCGCAGCAUGGCGGCCCUGGAGAAGAGCUCACCUGGACAGUUUGCUUUGACGUUGGAAGGCACUGACCAGUCUGGCAAUCAGGUAGGCCAGUGCCCAGUGGGAAUCCCGCCCUGAGACAGCUUCCUGAGCAGGCCCACAGUCCUAGGAACCAGCCAAGAUCGGAAUGCAGCCUGGCCUUCACCUGCCACAGACUUUAACCCUUAGCUAUCCCUCAGUAAAGACAGACUGGAAAGUGAAUGCACCAUGGCUUUGGUUGCGACCAGACUCUCUGAUGCCCACAGGCUGCUGCUGAAGGCAGGCUAGCAGCCAACGCAACCAUGGUCCAUUACACAGACCCCUCUACCUCCAGCCAGCCUGGGUUCGACUCUGACCUGAGAGAAUUCCCAUGUGACUUCCACCCAGCAGGGAGUAAGGUGGACACAGGGGCUUUGGGAGAACAGGCGCAGCAGGAGGCAUUCAGGAUGCCCUAUAGGCCAAGUGUCGUGUCGUCUCAGAGGUUUCAGGGCCACCAGCCAGACAUGUGGCACAGGAAGAGAGGGUCCCUGGCCUCAGGCCCAGAGUCCUGGGAAGAGACAGUGUGGCAUGCUGGCUGCCUUGCAGGCCCAGAUUGGGGUGACCUCUGGGCCUCCCCUUCCACUAUACAAGCCUCAGCUAUGGUGGUGUGGGGGUGGGUUCCAACCUCCUCUGGGAAAGAUCCUAUGAAGGAGGGGAAGUCAGAUAUCCUGAGGGAGCUGCAAGACGUUGAUUCAGACAGGCUGUGGUGUCCACAAGGAUGGACAACUCCACAUUAUGGAUGAGAAAAUACUGCAGCCCACAGGCAUGAAAGCAGGCACCAGGCUCAGAAAUGGUGAGCACUGAGGCCAUUCCUGUCUCCUGCGCUGGGCUAUCUUCAUGGCAUCUGGACACCUCACUGCCCACUCAGUGGGUAAAGAGCAACCACAGUAAGCCUCAGUCAUUCCUCAGAGAAGUCCCAAGGCCCAGGGCUGGAUGAGAGCUCCAUCUUGGGACCCCUCUUAGCAGGUUCUGUGGUCCCCUUGUCCACCAAAUCUGGCCUCAUCACCAAGGAGGGCCCUGUCCUAUACACAAGGUCCUGCCUCCUGUUCAUGGAUACUAUACCCCAGCCAAGGACCCUGCCCUGACUCAUGGACCCUGUCCCAUAGCCCUGACCCCAUCCAAGGGCCCUCCCCUAACCAGGACCCUAACUCAAGCCAAGGACCUUUCCACAACUCAAGGGCUCUGUCCGAUACCCUAAGAUCCCGCCCUGAUCCAAGGACCCUGUCCCCCAUCCCAAGACCCUGCCCUAACGAAGGACUCUGUCCAGCUAAGGAUCCUGUCUCCUAGCCAAUGACCCUUUUACAUUACAAGGACCCUACCCCUUAGCCAAUUAUUUUGUCCCCCCAUCCAAGGACCCAAUCUUCUACCCAUGAGUCCUGCCCUACACUACCCCCGUUCCCUCUCCUAAGAGCCCCAUCCCCCAGUCUACAGGCUCUAUCUCCUGUACCCAGGUCAGGGAUACCCCUGAGCCCAUCUAUAAGGCCCCUGAAAUGGUGUCUUCUAUUCCUGCUACCAUCUUUUAUUCUUGAGAGUGACAGUCAUACAUCUCCAUCCAUAGAUCUUCAUUUGUGGUCUUAACCUAAACUGAGGCUGCUGAGAUUUGGUGAGAUUUGUGACCUCCUGGGCAGAAUGGAUGUGGGGAGCCUCUGUCUGGCCCCCAGGAUGUUAAUUCACCACCCCAGCCCCACCCCAGGUAUAGCUUCAGGCUGAAGACUCAUUCCCCUUGCGAACAGGCAUAGGGAGGAACACAGGGAGCUCCCAAGGAACAGGUCAGGCCCAGGCAGGCCGGAUCUCCCUCAGAAUCUUCCUCAGAAUCCUCCCCAUCUUCCUGGUACUGGGUCCCCUUACAACUGAACAGCAGGGAACCCAGGAGCAGGAAGGCAGAUUCCAGGAACAGUGCCAGGACCUGGUGUGUGGGGAGAUGCAGGUGGGCCUGUGGCCCUGCCCUGUCGGUGCCCACAGUGUCCGCCUCCUGCUCUAGGCUGAGUAUGGCCUGUGUUUGGCAAGGGUUGGUGCAGUGUCCUAAGUAACUAGGAAAUGUGAUCUUACAGAGCUGGGGUGGGAGGGAGUCUUGUUUCUCAGCCCCAGCUCUGAGUCAUGCGUGCUCAAAACCACGUGUGCCCUGGCGGCUCGUGCCAUUACCCAGAAAUGUGUGUCCUAGGACCAGUGCCCUGUACUCACGUAUCCUCUCCAGGACUAACAUCAUCCACACACUGAGCUGUGACCCUGACAGGCAAUGGAUGGCGUCUUCCCCAGUUCCCCAGUGCCAGCAGGGAGCCUGGAGCCACCACCUUGCUGUGGGCCUCCAGAGACUAGUCCUUCUGUCUUCUUGGCCAGGUGUAGGAUUCUGCAGCCCAGCAGGUGAGCACAGGGACCCCUGCACCCCCUUACAUUCCACACAAUGAUCUAAUCCCCAUUGGACUACCUAGCCCUGCUCUGCAAACUCAGCCCUGUGUGGGAAAUGGCGACCCACGCAGGCAUAGUAUGAAAAGUGAUUUAUUAGCAUGGGUGCUGCCCAGACAGUGAGGAGCCAGUGUAGCUCAGUGUGCAGUGCUGCUGUGAACUGCAGGCACUCCCAGAAGCCAAAGGAGUGAGGCACUGGGUCUAAGGUACUGGGGGCCUGUUCUUGGGGAGAGGUUGACAGGGAAGACCUCGCCCAGUCCCCACCAAGCUGCUCCACCCACUCAAGUCCUCCAGUCAGAGUCCUGUCUUGCCUGCAGACGCUGAAGAACCCAGACCUCCUAUCAGGACAGGCCUUGGGAUCUCCUAGUAUUUCUCACUUGAAUAAAGGCACAGACACAUCAUGGUGCUGCAGAAACACCAUCAGUCAGGAAACCCAGGACCAGGUGCCUAACCUGGCGGCACAGGGUACGGCCCAGUUUCUGUGGGCCUUUGAUUCCUCUGCAGUGCUUCACUCUGUUCAUGACAAACUUGGGCACCUCAAAGCUGCACAGUGCUCAUGGGAGAAUCUGUUCUCCCGCAGAGCUUGAGUACCAUGAGAGACAACCUGGGUGCUAUUCUUCCCACCAUAGCAUUCAGGCUUGCUGACCAGCUCACAUGACUUUGCUCCAGAGUCCGUGGUGACAUUCAUUGUGAUAGGCCCUGUGCAACUCGGCCUGAUUCUAUGGCUGUGACCUAUAAAGUUGUUUUCAGCCAAUAUCUGGUCCUGCUGGCACUGUGAGGCACAUGGCUAUUUCCUUCCCUUUCAAAUUGGCAGAGCCCACUCAGAGUAUUCACCAACGACCCGAGGAAAGGAAAGGGACAUCAACACAGUUCCAGUGUGGGAUGCUGCCAUCCGGCCAGCCUGAAGUGCAGGACACAGUUUACCCCAAACAGCAGUUGCUGUGGGCAACAGGAAGCCAGUAGCUCCCAGCCUGGCUGCUACCGAGAAGUCAGAAGACCACACCAUUGUCUUCCACACAGUACUGGGGAGGGGACAGGGGUUCAGGAAGAGCAAGAUGGCUCUGCUGGCCAGGCCACCCUGGCUGUGUGCCUCGGACUGCAGCCAGUCUCUCCAGCAGGGGCCAGAGGCCAAACUGUGAUGAGUUAAAUAGCAACUGCCAAAUUCGCUCCUAGGAAAACAAUGGGCAGGGCCAAAGCCUCUGGCUCCUGUGUUCCUGAAUGUGGCUUUCAGAGCUGUUUUCUCCUUUCUUCUGAGCAGCUGGGACCUUGGGGAUAGAGGUAUCACAAAGCCAUGACAUCAGCACACAUGACACCAGGGAGACCAGACUCUGAUGCAGAGAUCAGGAAGGAUGGGCCCUUUGCUCCACAGGCAAGGAGAGAAGCCCUGGGGACUCCAAUCACAUUAGAAGCAUAGAAAGGCUGUCCAAAGGGACCCAUGAGCAGGGAACAGUGGGAGGACGUAUCCCUCCAAAGGAAUUACAGGUCUAGGGCUGUGAAAGACAAGGUGGUCCACAGGAGACUCAACCAGGCCCAAGGAAGCAGGAUUGGACAGAGACAGCCAGGGCAGCACAGGACAGGGAGGUCUAUGGCAUGGCCAAAUUGGAAGUGGUGGGUCAGUUGUUGUAUGUGAUAGGUUCAGAGCAAGGCAGGUUAUGGCUGAGUGCUGAGGAUCUACCAGGGUUGAGAGCCUUGCAUACAAGAUGGGAACAAGGCACUUUUUCCUGAGCACAGGCAUGUGGAGUCCUGAUUUCUCCCUGAGGACCAUAGGAAGGAUAAUCAUGUGUGGCCUGACAUCUAUACCAGCCAUUCAGAAGGGACAUUGGUUUCCACAGGUGACCUCAGGAACCAGAGAAAUUAUGGAGUGGGAAGUGAGAAAUAUCCAUUACUCUUGUCAAAGGCUGGGCAUUUUGUGUACUAUGUUUGAAUUAAAUUAUGGCUACAACUCAGAAACAUUGACCACACCCAGCAUUGAGGAGGAAAAAUGGAGCAGGAAAACUGUGUCGGAGUACUGCCUGUGCAGAGCAGGUAACCAUGGGGAAUAGACAGGCUUCCUUGCCACACUGGAGCAUGUUCCUCUGCUGGUUCUUCCCACCAUAGCCAAGACCCAGAGGUAGCUGCCGCCCGUCACCAGGUUAGCAGUGAGUGACUUACCACAGAUCUGCCCAACAGCUCUGAGACAUUCACUGUGUGGAUGAGCAGGGUGAGAGACCACCGGUCCACUUCUCUCCAACUCAGAGCCUGCAAUGUCUCCAGAGUGAUGGAGAAGCCAGUGCUGCCCAGGAGAAGAGACGUGUCACCAUGACCACAGCCACGGCUAGUGGCUGUGUCUGUAAGUCAGGGCAUGUUGAACUGCACAUCUUAUACAUUUAAAGCUUAUUUUGAACAUUACUGAGAAAAGCUGAAAAGUAGACCCUCAGAAACACAGGCAGCCAUGGACAGUGGAAAUGAGGGUGAGCGCUGGCCAGGACCCCUCAAUAUGGCACCACACUGAGAACCAAUGGCCUUGCUACUCCGACUAAGGGUGCAGUCUGCGUCCUGGGAGAGUCUAGAUGAGCGCUGACAGGUUAGCGGCUGGCCUCUGACUCACAACAGCCCUGCAGCGGAGCGGCCCCCACCCAAAGCCCAGGCCUGUGGGGAGGCUCUUCCUAGGACCUGGAUUCCUGGGCCCCAUGCCCCACAGAGAGCAGGGGCUAACUCACCCCCUGUCUCUAACCCGAUAGUAUGGCAAAACUGCAGAAAGAAGCCGAGCCUGCAAAAACAUCCCCUCUGAAACUUUCUUUCCGAGAGCUGCAGUAGGGGCCAUACUUCGCAAGAGCAAAGAAGGAGGAGCUGCUGGGGUAGAAGGGAGCCUUGGAUGCUUGAAAGUUUGGUCUGCACCAGAGGGAAGGUGCCUAGCCAGUGACAAGGGCCACCAAGACCUGAGCAAGCCCUUUGAAAGGCACAGGAUGGAGUUGCAUCUUUAGUGACACUACCCCUCUCCCACAUAGCUCUCCUGGUCCAUCCUACACACUUUGUGUACCAUUGGUCCCAAACCCUUUUAGGCUGACCUAUGUGCCAGAGGUGAGCCCAGGAUCCAGGUGACUCCGAAGCUGUCACCACCCCAGGCCUCUGGAGUGGCACCAGAGUUAUCAGGUACAGUGAAGUCAAGGUGGUCCUGCUGGAUGUGAUGGUUAUGUUGUCCCCAAGUGAGGCAAGUAGAUGGCGUUGCUGCCAGGAACUCAGGGUUUGGUGACAGAAGAGGCUUUCAGCCUCAGGUCCACAUAACAGAGGCCACAGGGCAACCACAAUUGCUGUGCUCGCUGGACAGAAGGAGGGCAGCCCUUCCUUGGGCAUUAAGGCUGUGUCCCUGGUGACAGCAUGCCUAGAACACAGCUCCCCUAGUGCUGGUUAGAGGACAGGAACCCAGGUUGGUAGCAACUCUGACCUCCUCACUGGGUAUGGAGGUGGGGAGGCAUCAGUCCAUGGGUGCUGCAGGUCUUGGCUGGGGUGCAGAACAUGGCGCUCUCUGCCCUUGGCCAGACCCAGCCCCCAGAGGAAUCAACGUGGGAUCACCCUAACAGUGAGUGGCUUCCUGGUAGCUGGCCCUCUCCCAUCAGGCCACAAGAAGACAUAGUGACUGGAGACCAGAUGCUCACCAUCUCUGGGUGCUCACUGACACUGCAAGCAGAGCAGGGGGUACAAGGUGGUGAAAACCCUCCUGAGGAAGCCAGCUCACCUAGGGGCUGUGCAGAGGACAGGGCCCCUGUGCAGACAGUGCAGAGGACACGAUGCUCCUCUCCAUUUGGGCAGAUGGGGAAACUGGAGCUAGAAGCCAGCAGAAAACUGCCACCAACAGUGAUAAAUACCCUAGGGCCUGGCCCUUGGCUGCCUGCAGGACCAGAGGCAGCUGCAUCAGGAGCUCUGCCUGCUCCCUCUCUCUCUGCUUCCCUCUCCCUCUCAGGGUUUUUCGGGCAGCACCGUCCCUCCUCUUUCACCCAGGAGCUGGACAGCCUCCAGCCUCAGUGUCCAGGGUCCAUGGGCUCUGAGGUGAGCAGGCCAAAGCAGGGCUUCUCCCCUAGCCUGGGCCACAGCCCCAGCAUGAGCCAGCGCAGCCCCCAUUCCUCUGGCAAUACCGUCUGUAUCCACAGAAGUGGCCCCGUCUGCUUUGGACCCUGCACACAGGCCAUAAAAAUAAGAUCCCUGGCCUCACGCAUCAGGAAUGUAGCCUCCUGCUCCAUGGUCAGCUCUCGGUCUCCACACCAUCAGGGAAAGGACCCCUUGUUCCUAGCUCAUCCUGGAAUCCACACGAGAAAUAGUCAUCACUUAAAUGGAUAAACAAAAAUCCAAUUUCCCUUUUAAAUACUUUGGUUCUUUUUUAGAGUUAACAUUUCAAAACAUCUGGAGGAACAUGGUGUUUUCUCUUCCAAGAACCUCCAUGGAGUUUUGUGGGUUACCACAGAGUCUGGGGCACAUUUUUUUCCCUAGCAGCCUGGGUCUGGGCUUCAUCCCUCAGACGACAGCCCUUCUCUCAUGACGUGGAUUUCAGGAGACUCUGGGAAGGUGGUGCAUGGUGUCAAUGGAUGUGGGAGGAGAGCAAUUUGGGCUACCCAGAGCCCACAGGGCCACCAGAGGCACAUCAGGGUCCCUAGGGGUUGGGCCUGGGAACCCAGCAGAAUGGGUCAGGAUGGAGGCUUCUGAAUCGCAAUUGCUGAUCCUCCUGUCUCUUGAAGCAAGAUCACCCCAUGUGUGUGCAGUGUGGGCACCCUGCUGCAUGGCAUCCAUGAACAGUAAAGUAUGUGGAAAAGGCAGAGCCCUGCAUAGAAGAUGAUGGUGUCCUUCAAAGUACCUCAUAGCCUCAGUGAGCCAGAGGAUGGACAGGGAAAGCAGGCCAGGGCCCUGAUCUAGGAAAGAAGGAGGGUGGAGAAAAAGGAACCGGCAGAUGAGUAACUGCAGAGGCUAAACCCUACAGGGUCAUGUCCCAUCCCAGAGGCCAAGUCUUUGCUGAAGUUCUGACUAGGGACAGUAGCCACACACACACACACCCACAUACACGAGGACCAGGCUGCCAGGCCUGCUGUGGGGGUCGGGGCCAGAGCUCCCCACGGCUCCUAGCCUCAGCCCUCUAUGCUCUCCAUGAUAUGUGUCCUCCUGCUGAAGGGGCAUUGGGGCCAGAGGUGGCACGAAGCACAUGCAUCCCCGUGGAGUAAGUUGGGUGCUCUUCAGGGUCCUGGAAAUGGAUGGGAGAGGGAAGGCCUUCCACAACUUGAGAGCACACUUGGGGAAGACACAUGAACAUUGGGUUCACUGAUAGAAACCAUGUGAGAAACCACCACUGCCUUGUGAAGACGGGGCUCAUAAAUGCACAGCUCCUUACAGACUUCCAGAGGGUGAAGUUCACUGAGGCAAGAGCUGCCUUCUGGCAAACAAUUUAGCCACGCUUGGUGCAGGCACAGUGCUGAACAACUGCAGCAAAGUCCAGUCUAGCAUGCAUUCUAUUCUCCAGAGAACAGCUCAUGCCCUUUGAGUCACGGCUCGUCCACCAUCCUGAGUCACGGCAGCCACCAGUCUGUCUCUGUGGGCUUGUCCGUUCUGGAUGUUAUAUACGAGAGGAAUCAUUGUGUCUGGCUUGCUCCAGGGACCACAGUGUUUCCAAGGUGCAUCUAUGUGAUAACAUGGGUCAGCACCCCAGUGCUCUUGCAGGUGAAUGAAGUGCCAUUGUACCACAUGGCCCAGUGUAUUCAUCUGCAACGGACAUUUGGCUGUUCCACCCUUUGGCUGUUACACAUAGUGAAGCAAUAAACAAAUAUUUGCAUUUGA